ACAACUCGGUAACAGCUCCCGUCCCUCAUUCAAAUAUUUCCUCAAAACCUCUCUCACUCUUUUCUCAGCUCCCUCCGGCCGAUCAGAAUUCCUCUAAUCUCCGGCCACUCAAACCCUAGCCUUCACCUUCCGUCUCAGACUUACCUUCUGUCUCUCUCAUUAUUUUAUAUUUGUUAGGUUUGAUUUGUUCGUUCCAUUUUCAAAUGGCGACCUCGGCUUUCAAAUCGACGACCAAACGGACGCCGAUCGGGAGCUCCGCGGAUCCGGCGGAGGAAUCAGCUUCAGGUAAUCGCUCUUACCGGCGCUCGAGGAGCCUCAGCUGCUUCUCGCGCAGGCUGCCGGAGCCGCCGGCCGAGGAGGAGUUUGGAGUCAAUCCGACUCCCCGGAGGAAGUUCGUGAACACGGUUAGAGGCUCCGGCUUCCCGGAGAUUAGCCUUGACGACUUGGCGAUUGAGCUGUUUGAUUCCGGCUCCGAUGAGAGAGGCGGACGCUCGGCGGUGCGGAGUUCCGAAACUACCCCCGGCGGCGCGUCGCAGAGGCGUGGCAGGUCGGUGUCGCGGCACGGCCCGAGGAUGGGCGGCGGAGGCGGUGGUGAUACGAUGGCCCGGAGUGGUAAUAGCACAGGUGGAGGGAGGGUAGUUUCGGAAAGUAAGGGAAAUCCGAGGCAAAGGCGAUCGGUUUCUGUUGCUGGGUAUCAGAUGAGUGAUUCUGAGAGUGAUCUUGAUCAUACUCAUAACCGUAGCACUGUUAAGUUGAGGAACUUCACUAGCGGAAACAACCCGACGCCAUUGUCCCGUAAGUCAUUGGACUCGAAUUAUAAGCCAGGAUUGAGAAGGUCUCUCAGUCAAAGAGAUUUGAAGUGCCAUGAUGGUUACUCUAGUCAAUCUUCUUUCCUAACUGAUGAUGAGGGGAAGGAUGCUUAUAUCUAUAAAAAUGGGGCUGAGAAGACUAUACGAGCUGUAUAUUCAGAGAAGAAGUCAGAGCACCCUGCGGGUAAUGAUAUGAAAAAUGGAUUAUACGAAGAAAUGCGGAAAGAACUUAGAUAUGCUGUGGAAGAGAUAAGGACAGAACUUAAACAGGAAAAGGGCAUAACAAGACCAACUGUUCCCGCACCUGGUGAUUCCUUGCGCUCUAACGGUUCAGAUGUACUUCAGGCUGUUUCUUCAAUCAGGAAGAAUUAUUCUUCUAAAUUGGAACAGUCAGAAAAGCGUAAACAGGAUUUAUUAGCAGAGAUCGUGCUGGAGGAACAACACAGUAGGGAACUCUCAAAGAUUGUAAAAGAAUUGCUUCCUGAGCCAAAAAAAAUUGCCAGUCCAGACAGACCGUCACGAAUGAGAAGGAGGAGCAAUGACAAAGGAAGGGUGUCUAAGCGACUGACUGAGGAAGCCGAAAGAUAUAUCGAGGACUUCAUUUCAAAUGUAGAAGACACAGAUAUAUCAUCAGUUGAUGGUGAAAGGAGUGAUACAAGUUCGAGCUUAGGAGGAAUUAUGAAGGGUGAAAGUUUUCAGAGUCCACCCAUGUUAACUCCUCCUCCUGUUUUCAUGGACGGGGUUGUGCUGCCUUGGUUGCAGUGGGAGACUAGUAACGAUGGUACUCCUGCGGGGUGCAAGAAUAAGACUGAAACACCAAUGACCCCAAAAUCUUUUUCAUGGAGUGCUUCUCAGGAAGUGACCAAUGCGCAAGACCAUAGUCAGUCUGCUAGUAGCCGUGGGAGUUGGAGCCCUGGAAUAAUUGAUUCUCUGCCAUUCAACAUUAUGGAAAAUGCAUCCAGUAAAAUUGGAGAAUCUGGUAAUUACCAACGCAAAUUACAUCCAAACGGGUCAAAUCCAUCACGCUUUGACAUGGAAAAGUAUCUCCAGCUUAAAAACAAUGAAGAUUUUCUCUUGGAAACACUGAAGCAACAACGCAGAAUUGGUUCCGGGGGCCUCCUUCUCUGUAGUAGAAUGUUGAUCUAGCUCUAAGUUCUUUCUAAGAAUGCUACUGUUAACUACAUUGAUAUCAUUGUAUAGUUGAUCCAUCUAUUGAGCUCUGUAGGUAGCCAUUGACAGUAUGUUUUAACAGUUAUUACUAAAUUACUAACCAUCCCUUCUA